AGUGUCAUAUCAUCUCCGGCCCAAAUUACAGUACACGGCAGCCGGUUAAACGCAAUCAGUUGAAAAUUCUAGGUCAAAAUUGGAAGAAUCCCCGAGCCUUUUCUAAAUCUUCGCCUGUUUUUCGAAGAAUAAAAUUUAACAAAAAAAAGAGAUCUUUGAGGUGUGGUUUAUUCUCAUUUGACGAGUUCUUAUUUAGGAUUGCAAUGUCUUCACCGGCUGAAUUUUAUAACUCUCUUCCACCAAUAAGCAAGGCUUAUGGGACUGCAUGCUUAUUGUUCACUACAGCCUUCCAAUUAGGACUGUUAAAUGUUUUUUACAUUGCGUUGCUAUAUGAAUAUGUAUUCAAGUACUUUCAGGUGUGGAGGCUGAUUACAAACUUCUUUUUCCUUGGGAAAUUUUCUAUCAAUUUUGGGAUACGCCUUUUAAUGAUAGCAAGAUAUGGAGUCCAACUAGAGAAUGGGCCAUUUGAGAGACGGACAGCUGAUUUCUUGUGGAUGAUGAUAUUCGGUGCAUUGUCGUUGUUGGUUUUGUCAGCAAUCCCGAUAUUCAGAACCCCUUUCCUUGGGGUAUCUCUUGUUUUCAUGCUCCUUUAUGUCUGGAGUAGAGAGUUCCCAAAUGCUCAAAUCAACAUAUACGGUCUUGUGACUCUUAAGGCAUUCUAUCUACCUUGGGCAAUGCUUGCUUUGGAUGUUAUUUUUGGUUCACCUCUCACCCCGGAUCUGCUCGGAAUCAUUGCUGGACAUCUAUAUUACUUCUUGACUGUGUUGCAUCCUCUUGCAACCGGAAAGGUCUACCUGAAGACACCUAUGUGGGUACUUAAACUGAUUGGAAGAUGGAGAAUAGGAGUUCCAACACAGCCAAGCAGUCGACCCAGUGCACAGCCUGAUAGCUCAACAGGUGUGGCUUUCAGAGGAAGAUCAUAUCGACUUAGUGGAUGAUUGCUGAUAUUCGAGGUUGGCACUGAAAACGUGUUUAAUCACACCCAUAACAAAGGAAUCGACCAAAUGGGUCCUUGAGAUUCAUGUAUUUUUCUUAGGGAAAUUAAAGGGAUCCUAAACAAAGCCGAAAGGCCCAGACGAGCUGCCUUUGUUGGAGAUUCAAAUACCUUGGUUGUCUAAAUUAGUAUUUGAAUUUGGUUUC